AUGGGCCCCUGUACCGCCUCCUCAUGCUGCUGCCAGGCCCGUAAUCUGCCAUGGGCCCCCGUACCGACUCCUCAUGCUGCUGCCAGGCCCGUAAUCUGUCAUGGGCCCCUGUACCGCCUCCUCAUGCUGCUGCCAGGUCCAGAGUGUGUCAUGGGUCCCUGUACGGCCUCCCAUUGCUGCUGUCUCCAUCGCCACACUCUGCCAUGUGCCACUUUCAGGUCUCCUCACACUGCUGGUGGGUUCCAUUUUGUCAUAGGGUGCUGUAUGGUCUCCCAUUGCUGCUGCCUCCACCGCCACACUGUGGCUCCACACUCUGGUUUUGGCCCCGUGACUGCCCAAAUGAGUGAAGUGUGCGGUGAUUCUAAGAUCGACGGCACUCAUCUGCAUGUCAUACUGACUGACAGUAUUAUUUCUCUUCCCCAGCAGACUCCAAGGGCAUUUAAAUUAAAGGUACAGUGUUCUGCACUAAUAUAA